CACGUGCGGGUCUUCACACUAGCGUGACCACAUAGUAGCAGAUCCAUAACAUUGCAUGACCGCAACACUAGGUACAUCAACGGUCUAUCGCCUUGGGAUCUCGACGAAGGCGAUGGCGGUGUCAGAGCCUAUCCGCAAUGUCGCCGCGCGCUGGAUGGAUCUGGAUCGUGAUGAAGACACCCGGCAACAGAUCGUCAACUUGCUUGAGGCUGGCGACGACGUGGAACUCGAGAAGCGACUUCGAAAGCGUAUCGCUUUCGGUACUGCAGGCUUGCGAAGUUCGAUGAAAGCUGGCUUCGCUCAUAUGAAUGCCGUAACCGUCCUACAAGCAUCACAAGGGCUUGCAGACCACCUUAUCAAUUACCACCAACCAGUACAGGAGUGGAAGCUAAGCGUUGUAAUCGGUUACGAUGCUCGCCAUCAGUCCGAGAAGUUCGCACGUCUGGCCGCAGGUGCUUUCUUGGCGAAAGGUCUCCGAGUCCUAUGGUUCGGCGAACUGGUACAUACGCCUCUCGUCCCCUUCUCAGUAAGCCGCUUCAACGCUGCUGCGGGCAUUAUGGUUACCGCUUCUCACAAUCCAAAAGCGGACAAUGGCUACAAGGUAUACUGGGAAAACGGUUGCCAAAUCAUUCCGCCGCAUGACAGUGCCAUUGCUGCCGCUAUUACCGCGUCUGAGCAAGAGCAGAUACUGUCAUGGGACGAGCACGCAGUAGACGAAAGUUCUCAUGUUCACAAUGUCCACCUCGCAGCUCGCUCGCAGUAUUUCGAUUCACUUGUAAGGCUACUUCCUCCACUACAGCAAGGUGAGGCAGAUCCCGUUCGCUUCGUCUACACUCCACUGCAUGGGGUUGGACUACCGUUUAUGCAGCAAGCGGUGGACAAUCUUAGGUUGCCAUCGCAGACAAUGCACGUUGUAGCAGCACAGGCGCAGCCAAACGCAGAGUUCCCAACCGUGCCAUUUCCCAACCCGGAGGAGAAAGAUGCUCUUGACCUUGCAAUACAAGAGGCUGAGACUAGUGGUGUCAGUGUUAUCCUUGCUAACGAUCCUGAUGCGGAUCGUUUUGCGGCAGCAGAGCGUUUGAACAGCGGCAGUUGGCACCAAUUCACCGGCAACCAAAUGGGUAUACUGCUUGCAUUGUACGUACUGGAAAUUAGUGAGCAGCCGCGAGAGAAGGUGGUAAUGCUUGCCUCAGCCGUCUCUUCUCGCAUGCUUGCCGCUGUGGCGGCCAAAGAAGGUUUCGCCUAUAGAGAGACGCUGACCGGCUUCAAGUGGCUCGGCAACGUCGCGCAACUAGCCGCGAGGGAGGGCUUGACCCCGGUCUUUGCCUUCGAAGAAGCAAUAGGGUACAUGUUUGCAGACCUAGUAUGGGACAAGGACGGCAUCGCAGCGGCGACAGUCUUCUUGCUCGCUUGUCGAAGCUGGCGUCAGCAAGGUCUGACGCCAUGGCUGAAGUUGCAGCAGCUAUAUGGGAAGUAUGGCUACUUCGCGGACGCAAACACCUACCUCAUCUCGCCUUCUCCAGACGUAACCAACAGCACCUUUGCUGCUAUCCGAGCUGCUAAGAAUGAUGGCCCACCUUCUCAUGUUGGUAAGCGGAGGAUACUGCGCUGGAGAGAUUUAACACUUGGUGUGGACAGCGCUUCCAGCGAUGGUAAACCAGAUUUGCCAGUUGACUCCGCAGCGCAAAUGAUUACAUGUUGGCUUGAAGACAAUGUAGUCUUCACUGCUCGCGGUUCCGGUACGGAGCCUAAGAUCAAGCUCUACAUUGAGGCUAGUGCUAGUGACGCAGGACUCGCGAAAGCAAUAGCGGACAAAGUACUCCACGACCUGGUCAACACAUGGUUUCAUGGGUUGAGACUGGCUGGCAGCGGAUGAGGCAG